AUGAAGUGCAUCUAUUGGAAUACAAGGGGUUUGGCUAACUCCCCAACAAGAUUAGCUUUGAAGAGGUUAAUUUCACAACACAAACCUGACAUCAUCUUAUUAGCAGAACCAUGGAUGAAUGUUGUAGACUUGCCUAGAAAAUGGUUAGCUAAUUUACAAUUUAAGCUUUUUGCUAUGAAUAGUAGACGUAAUUUACUUCCUAACUUAUGGUGCAUAUGUAAAUUAAGUAUGGAUCCUGUUUUAAUUGCUUCUGAUGAUCAACAAGUAUCUUUCACAGUUAUUGAGAAUAACACAACUCUAGCUUUUUCUGCAAUUUAUGCCAGCACUAAUUAUUUAUCUAGAAGAAAUCUUUGGAACACGUUGAAUACUCUGCAAACACAGCAUUCAAUUCCAUGGUGUUUUAUAGGGGAUUUUAAUGUGAUUUUGGGAGCUCAUGAGCACAGAGGAAGCUUUAGUCCAGCUAGAUUACCCAUGGAAGAUUUUCAGCAUUGGACUGAUUCAUUUAAUUUAGUUCACUUGCCUACCAGGGGGGCUGAGUUUACCUGGGCCAAUGGUAGACGUGGUAGUAGAUACACUGAAAAAAGGCUUGAUAGAGCCAUAUGCAAUCAAUCUUGGUUAGAUAUUUGUUGUUCUUUAUCUAUUUCAACCCUUACCAAACACAAAUCCGACCAUUAUCCUCUCUUGUUGGAUGUUCAAUUAUCUAAUAUAUCUUUUACUUCUCAGUUUAAGUUUUUGAGGAUGUGGACUCUUCAUGAUGAUUGCAAAAACAUUGUUCAAGAUAGUUGGAACACUAAUGUACUAGGCUGUCCUAUGUUUGUUCUGAGUAAGAAGUUAAAAAUGCUCAAAGACAGGUUGAAAGUAUGGAAUAAGGAAUGUUUUGGUAAUGUUCAUGAUUACGUGAAAGUGUCUGAGCAACAUCUUCAGCAAGUUCAAGAUCAAAUCCAAAAUAAUGGUCACUCAGAUGCACUUCUAGAGGAAGAGAAAGAAGCUCAUAGAUUGUAUGAAGAUGCUCUUACUAGACAAGAAGUCUUCUGGCAAGAAAAAGCAAGGUUGAAUUGGCAUUUGGAGGGAGAUAGAAAUACCAAGUAUUUUUAUAGAAUGGCCAAAAUUAAAACAUCUUCAAAAUUAAUCACCUCUCUGCAAGUUGGAGAGAAUGUCCUCACUGAUCAAUCUCAAAUUGCUGAACAUAUUGUUAACUAUUAUAAAUCUCUUUUUUGUACUAACACUGUUUUGCAAGAACAAUUACUUGCACAGGAGGUCAUUCUAAAUUUGAUAACUGAUGACAUUAAUGCUGUUCUCACAUUGCUUCCCUCUCAUCAAGAAGUUAAAGCUGCAGCCUUUGCUCUUAAUAAAGAUAAUGCUCCUGGACCUGAUGGUUUUGGGCCUUUUUUCUUCCAACAUUUUUGGGAUAUUGUCAAGACUGAUGUUACAAAUGCAGUUCUAGAUUUCUUCAUCACUAGUUGGAUUUUGCCAGGUUUCAACUCAAACAUCAUUGCUCUUUUGCCCAAAACUCCAGAGGCAACUUCUAUUGACCAAUAUAGGCCAAUUGCAAUGGCUAAUUUCAAAUUCAAGAUCAUAUCAAAGAUAAUUGCUGAUAGACUUGCUUCAAUCAUGCCUUCUAUUAUUUCAGAAGAACAAAGGGGUUUCAUACAUGACAGAAACAUCAAAGAUUGUUUGUGCAUUGCUUCUGAAGCUGCUAAUCUCUUGCACAACAAGUCUUGUGGUGGAAAUUUGGCUUUAAAAAUUGAUAUUUCUAAAGCAUUUGACACUUUAGAAUGGUCUUUCAUUCUGAAAGUGUUAAAGUGUUUUGGAUUUAAUAAUGUCUUCUGCAACUGGAUUCAUGUGAUUCUGCAAUCUGCUUUCUUAUCGGUUUCAGUUAAUGGAAGAUCUCAUGAUUACUUCAAUUGUACUAGAGGAGUCAGCAAGGGAGACCCUCUCUCUCCACUUCUCUUUUGUUUGGCAGAGGAUGUGUUAAGUAGAAGUAUCUCCAAGCUGGUAGCUGAUGGAAAGCUUGAUCUUAUCAAGACAACUAGGAAUAUAAUCAACACAUGUAAGUCCACUAUUAUUUCUGGGUCUAUCACUCAAGGCAGGUUAGCUAUUAUUGUUCAGCUGCUUAACUUCAAAAUUGGUACUCUUCCCUUCUAUUAUCUUGGAGUUCCAAUUUUCAAAGGGAAGCCAAAAGUUUGUCAUUUACAACUAAUUGCAGACAAGAUUAAAAUGAAGCUAUCAGCUUGGAAGGCCUCUCUUCUAUCUAUGGCUGGAAGGGUGCAAUUGGUUAGGUCAGUGAUACAAAGCAUGAUGAUGUAUAGUAUAUCCCUCUAUUCUUGGCCUGUUUCUUUGAUCAAAGAAGUGGAGAGAUGUAUCCGGAAUUUUUUGUGGAGUGGAGAUAUUGAAAUGAAAAAACUUGUAACUGUUUCAUGGAAGAAAGUUUGCAGGCCUCUUUCUCAAGGGGGUUUGAAUUUAAGAUCUCUCUCAAGCUUGAAUAAAGCAACAAAUUUGAAACUCUGUUGGAACCUUAUCAAUUCUCAAAAUUCAUGGGCAAAUCUACUAAAAGAUAGAGUCAUCAGGAAAAGGAAUAUUAUCCAUCAUCAUAUCUCUUCUUCCAUCUGGAGUAGUAUAAAAGAAGAGUUUUCAGUAAUCACAGAUAAUACAAUUUGGCUUCUUGGCAAUGGUGAAGAAAUCAAUUUUUGGAAUGAUAACUGGUGUGGUACAAUUCUUGCUGAGCAAUUUAAUGUUCCAGUUCACAUCAGACAGUCUCUUACCUCCACUGUUAGUGAUUACAUCCUCAAUGGCCAAUGGAUUUUCCCCCCUCAGAUGCAUCAACAUUUCAGCAAUCUUGUCUGCAUUGUUCAGCAAGAGACUAUUCCUUCGGAGACUUCUCAAGAUAAGCUUAUAUGGAAACAUUCAGAUACAGGUGACUUACAACUACAAGAAGCUUAUAAUUUUAAGCUGCAGCAGCUUCAAGACCUUGAUUGGGCCAAAGCUAUUUGGAACUCGGAUAUUCCACCAUCUAAAUCCCUUUUAGUUUGGAGGCUCAUGCACAACAAAAUUCCAACAGAUGAGAAUUUAAAGAUUGCAGUCACUGCUGCACUGAUCAAAUUACUCAAUAUUUUAUGGUUUGUUAGAAACCAGGCCAGGUUUAACAACAAAUUUAUUAGUUGGCGUUCUGCUAUCUCAAUGUUAAUUGCUAGUACUUCUUUGUCUGACAACAAUACUAGCAAAGUAUCUUCCAAUUCCGUUAGAGACUUUACUAUACUUAAGCAUUUUAAAGUCACAAUUCAUCAUCCUAGAAUACCCGUGAUCAAAGAAAUUUUAUGGAACCCCCCUCUGCCUACAUGGAUCAAAUGCAAUAUUGAUGGAGCUUCCAAAGGUAAUCCUGGUCUUUCCUCUUGUGGUGGCAUAUUCAGAACCAAUGCCGAACCUUUAGGAAUUUCUACUUCCUAUCAAGCUGAAUUAUGUGGUGCUAUUAGACCUAUAGAAAUUGCCCAUCAGUUCAAUUGGCAUAAUCUGUGGCUAGAGUCAGACUCUGCAUCAGUGGUCUCGGCUGUUAGUAAUGUUGCUGAUACUAUACCUUGGUCAUUAAAAAAUAGAUGGGACAAUGCAAUGGUUCUCUUCAGGCAAAUGAACUGUAUUGUCACUCAUAUAUUCCGAGAAGGAAACCAAGUUGCUGAUACACUUGCUAAUCAAGGUCUUACUUUACAUUCUAUUACUUACUGA